AUGUCCCAUCCAAACGCCACAGCAUCCUCCUCAAAGCACAAGAAAGACAAGUCCCACAAAAAGGACAAGCACCGCGACAGCAAGGACAAGAAGGACAAGAAACACAAGCACAAGGAGGUCAAGAAGGAGGGCAAGCAUGACAAGUCGCCCUUCGAGCAUAGGAUCUCUCGGAUGCGUAUCAGUGUCCCUCCUAAAUUUGCGGGCGAUGUCAUGAUGGGCGUUAGGGAGCAGCUCGAUGGCAUGGUCAUGCGCUAUGUGCCGCAGAUGGGCGGUGUCCUCCUUGCUCAUUGGGAGCACAGCUUUGAGGACGAGACAGCGAAGAUUGUGGGCGAAUGUCCUUUCGGAGUCGUCGAGGUUGAAUUCCAUUCCGUCUUGUGGGCGCCCAAAAUCGGCCAGAAGCUUUUCGGCGCGCACUCCCUAUCAUCACCCUCUCACCUCUCUCUCCUUUUCUCCAAGACUUUCAACGUCUCCAUCCCUCUGCAACAUAUCCCUGCCGAGCUGUACGAGUUCGAGCACACAGACGAAACUGCCCCGGAAGAAGACAGCGACAGCGAAGACGAGGUUGAGUAUCUGGGAGGCAUGGGUAACCUUGCGUCCGCAGUGGAGGAGGUCGGCAGAUGGAGAGAGAAGGCGAAUGGAAAGGCGUUGGGCGGUGAUAUCAAGUUUACCGUCAUUGGUAUGCAAGUCACCAACCAGAUGCUGUCCUUGACAGGUUCUCUUCUGUCCGAUCCUUUCAACCCUCCGGCCCUUCCCGAACCUGUGGCUGCCCCCGCCCACUCCCCAUCGCCGUCUCUCUCUCCUGAACCCCAAGCCCGGCCACAGAAGAAGGCCCGCGUGAUCAACAACGCUCCCGAGCCCAAGGAAGAGGAGGUAGACACGACUGGUAUGACUCCGCGUGAACUCAAGGCCCACAGGAAGGAGCAGGAGAAGAAGAAGAGGGAUGCGAGGAAGGCGAGGAAGGGCGAUGAGCAGGGAGAAGAGGAUGAACAAACGGCCGGGACCAAGCGAAAGGCGGACGAGGACAAUGCCGAGGGGAGGAAGAAGAAGAAGGGGGGCGAGUAG